GUUAUUUUGAUGCGACAAGCCAGCGCUUGACGUUUGGCCGUAAAGCAGAACGCACUGUAUUUUCUUUACGUCUUCGGGGUAACAUAAGAUGUUCCGGUAUGUGAAAAAGCAGCAUUGACUGGAAACUUCGAAAUUAUAUUUUAAUUGCUCUAAUUAGUGUUUGUCAUACAAGCAUACAUUGCGUCAUAGAACACGGUUUAGUCCGAUAAUUGUUACAAAGAUGCCAACAGACUGUGGCAGAGCCAAAGCUAGCUAGCUAGCUUAAGCUAACAGUAUUGUCACACUUUUCAUAGACACGCUCUGUUUAGAUUAAAUAAUUUCAUCCACUGAGGAUUAAAAGGGAGUAACCGUAUGCAUUAAAUAACAGCCUUGAGUUGCGUGUGGGUCAUUUUGUCGCUCUUUGCACCCAAAACAAGUCUUGUUUUAAGAAAUGUCAGCGCAAAAAGACUGUGAGUUUUUGGUGAGAAGAGCCCGGGAGCUGGUCUCUGAUGAUCCCUGUGCAGCCAAAGCCUGGCUCAUCACAGCCAGGACCCUGUACCCUGCAGACUUCAACAUACAGUAUGAAAUGUACAUCAUUGAACAGAACGCAGAAAGGACAGCUUCUGCUGGGAGACUCCUGUACGACAUGUUUAUAAAUUUUCCAGAUCAGCCCACUGUAUGGAGGGAGAUUAGUGUAAUUACGGCUGCCCUGCGCAGUGACUCUCAGGACAAGCAUGCACAGUUUCUGCGAGGGCUUUUUGAGACACUUCCUGGUCGUGUACAGUGCGAAAUGCUACUGAAAGCCACAGAGCAGUGUUUCAACACUUUGGAGAAGGCAGAGAUGCUUCUGCUGCUUCUGAAGCGCUUUCCAGAGUCUGUGGUCCAACAUGGGGUCAAUUUAGGAGAGACUUUGUUGGAGGCAGAGGUGUCGGAGAAUUUAGAGACUCCUGUCAACUGCUUUAGAAAACUCUUUGUGUGUGAUGUCCUUCCUCUGGUGAUUAACAACAUGGACAUGCGCUUACCGGCCAGCCUGAUGCAGAAGUACAUGCUGAAAGCAGCUGAAUUCUAUAUUGGUUAUGUGACUCGUGGACCCUCACCUGAUGUACAGAUUCAGGGCUCUCAGGAAGCAGGAUCUCUGAAGUCACCCACUGUGUCCCGUGGCUCCCAGCGUUAUGUGAUUGAUGGCCUGUCAGAAAAGUCUUCAGUGGUAGCAGAGCCUUGGGAGAGGCUUUUGGAUAUCCUCACUGUGGUCGGAGCUCGGUGCGAGUGGCAGGGAGACAAAGGACAGAGGAGUUAUGUGGACAUGUUGCUGAGAGUAAAGGAGCUAUGUCGCUACCUGCCUGGUCUGGAAGGAGAAACACGCUCUCGCUGCUGCAGUCAAGUGGUCAUCUGUGCUGCACUCGUUCUCUUCCGUAGUGCCUUUCUCUACAUCUCAGCUGUGCAGCCUGCACUCUUCCAGGGUGUGAAUGCGUUGAGUUCAGGGCCAUGGAUCCUCGUGGAGGAUUUGAGCUCGGUCUACAAUGACGUGGAGGUGGAGAGGGGACCAGUGAAACAUGCACAUAAGAAACGCAAACUAGCUGAUGGGAGAGAUAAGACUAUGAGCUCAGAUGAUGAGGAUGGUUUGGGCAAAGGCCGCAGUCGACACAUUUUGGUGAGCAAGACUGAGAUGCACAGCUGGUCAGAGACUCUGGAGAGCUUCCGUACAGCGAGAGAGAGCUGGGACCUCCUUCACUCCCAUGAUGGCCUGGAAAAUGAGUUCAAAAAGAUCUGUGCCUCAUGGAAGACAGACAGCUGGCUGUGGUUCAGAAUAUUCCUCACCGACAUGAUCAUAUACCAGGGACAGUACCGCAAAGCCCUCUCCAGCCUGCACCAGAUGGCUGCAGUGCAUCCUCAGCCGGGGCAGCAGAGCCCCUCAGGUCAGGCUAGUUUGGAGCACCACAGGUCCCUCAUACAGCAGGCGUCCUGUCACUACGCACUGGGAGAGUACAGGAUGGCCUGUGAGAAGCUGCUUGAUGUUGUCAGUGGACUGGUCCCCCCAAACUAUGAACCAACAAAGACUGCAGAUCAGGGUAAAGUCAAGGCCAAAAUGAGGAAAGGAAAUGACGUGAGAUUGCUUCCCUGCACCAGCAAAGCUGUGUUACCUUUCUGUCUCCAGCUCAUGCUGGCCUGCUUCAAGCUGCGUGCCUUCACAGACAAUCGUGACGAUCUGUCCCUCGGUCAUGUGGUGGUACUUCUGCAGUAUGACUGGCCGCACGGUGAGAUGCUGUUUUUAAAGGCAGUGGACAAAAUCUGUCAGCAGGGCGGUUUCCAGUACGAGAAUUUCUUCAACUAUGUCACCAAUAUUGACAUGCUGGAGGAAUUUGCGUACCUGCGUACUCCAGAAGGAGGGAGGAUUCAGUUGGAGCUGCUGCCCAAUCAGGGAAUGCUGAUCAAGAACCCUAGUCCCGCCCUGGGGGUGGAGUUAAAUACCCUUCUACUACAAGGGGUGCAGACGAUGGACAGACACCACACAGUGACUCGUGGAAUCACCAAAGGUGUGAAGGAGGAUUUCCGUCUGGCUAUGGAGAGGCAGGUGUCGCGGUGUGGAGAGAACCUACUGAGUGUGCUUCACCGUUUCUGCAUCAAUGAGAAAAUCAUCAUCAUACAGUCUCUUCCUUGACACCUGCCAGUUGACUUGAGAACCAAUUGAUCUUUCAGAUUCCAGGCAGUUUUAUCGCAGCUGGACUGACGUUAUUACUCCAACAGCUGUUGCUGUAUAAAUGAUGGACAUUUGUAGCUCCCUUGUUAUUUUCAUCAUUGUACUUUUAGGAAUAGAAUGGCCCUGAAUGUGAUUCUCUAGAGUGCUCAUGCAGUUCAAAUAUUGAGUGAAUGUUUUUCCUUUUCACUGGUGUUAGCUACAGUAUGUGCUUAAUCACAUUUGAAGUGGUUUUAUCAUACUGUGAUAUUUUGUGGAUGUCAGGAUCAGUAAAAGAAUCAAGUGGUCUUUUUUUAUAUAUAUUCUUGGUAAAGUUUAUUGUUAUUGUGUCAGAAAUAACAUGUUGGUUUAUAUACAGUAAACUGUAUGAAUAAAUGUCUUUUACAGUGUA